AUGGCCCGACCAAAGGUCCCCGACGACAAGCGCCGGCGCACCGCCCAGGCUUGCACUUUCUGUAAGCGCCGGAAGUUAAAGUGCAACGGCCAGAAACCAUGCCAGGCGUGUACGAAGAAGUCUCUGACAUGCCUCUAUACGCUCAACCUUGGGGAUUCGCCAAUGUCGCCGCCGACGGCGCAAAUGACGCAGAUGACACAAAUCACACAGACGGUACAUACAACGCAGCCAGUCCAGUCGCCUUCGAAUAAUAGACAGGCUCCAAAGCCUCCAAUCCACAGCCCCCGAAGCCAACCCCCGCUGGCGAGCCCGAACGGGCAAAUCGAAGAGAUUAAUACCUGCACCGAUACCAGGAUAUUAGAGGAUCAAACUAGACGACUUCUAUAUAUCGGAGAUACCUCUACUCUCUCUAUUCUCCAGCUGAUCCGCAUCAUUGUCGAGGAGACCGCCGGAGCCGACAUUACGUCUCCGUUUGUCCACGACCCCAACCGGCAUCGCAUAAUAGAACACACUAUUGACUUCCCCGCAAAUACUAAUGUUCUCGGUCUCCUGCCCAAGAGACAGACGGCGGACAUUCUCAUUGACUCGUACUUUACCAACUUUUUGCUCUGGGUUUGCUUUUUGCGGCCCCAGUUCCCGAUAGCCCAGAGGAAGCCGUGA